CUUCUUACCCGCUGACCUCACAAUUUCUCAUAUGAGACUCGGUCGCAGGGAGCGGAUUUACCCCUUUUUUUAACGGAACAAUGAGCGCGUGUAAAGUUGCCAAUAAAUCUGUCCGGUAGAUAUCUAGGAAUAGUCACGUUCUUUUCACAUUUCAGGUACAAUGGAAUCAUUUCUUCACAAGGAAUUUGUUUAACUGGCGGCGGAUUGUUGUGGAAACGGGAUCGAGGUGUGGAAUCACGGAUUUCGGUCUCCUGAGAACUGCGGAGCGCAAACGUUCAAACACAUAUGAAGUCACGAAAGUGAAGGGGGGGAAAAGAUGGACCUUAAACUACUUUUCAUAUCAGCAUUGUUAGGAGUUGCGUGCUACAGCAGUGCUCAGCCAGAAGGGAACGAGUGCAUCAAGGCUAAUGCGGAGUCGUGCGGCGACUGCAUCCAGGCAGGCGCCAAGUGUGGGUGGUGCACGGAUACGGACUUCCUGAAACAGGGCGAACCCACCUCAGCCCGCUGCGAUGAGCUCGACUCUCUGAAGAAAAGAGGCUGCAUGGCCACCAAGAUCGAGAACCCUCGAGGGAGCCAGCGGAUCCUCCGAAACAAGCCCGUCACCAACCGCAAGAAAGGGGGCGAGAAGCUGAAGCCGGAGGACAUCACCCAGAUCCAGCCCCAGAAACUCGCCCUCAGCCUGCGAUCUGGGGAAGCCCAGACAAUUAAUCUGAAGUUCAAAAGGGCGGAGGAUUAUCCCAUAGACCUGUAUUAUCUUAUGGACCUGUCCUACUCCAUGAAGGAUGACUUGGAAAAUGUCAAAAACCUGGGCACAAGCCUGAUGCUGGAGAUGUCCAAGAUCACAUCUGACUUUCGAAUUGGUUUCGGCUCGUUCGUGGAGAAGACAGUGAUGCCGUACAUCAGCACCACACCUGCCAAGCUGCUAAAUCCCUGCACGGGGGACCAGAACUGCACCAGCCCGUUCAGCUACAAGAACGUGCUGAAGCUCACCAGCAACGGGAAGCAGUUCAACACUCUGGUUGGCCAGCAGCAGAUCUCUGGCAACCUGGACUCCCCAGAGGGAGGCUUCGAUGCCAUCAUGCAGGUUGCCGUCUGUGGGGAGCAUAUUGGCUGGAGAAACGUCACGCGUUUGCUGGUGUUUUCCACAGACGCUGGUUUCCACUUUGCUGGAGAUGGAAAACUGGGUGGAAUUGUGCUUCCCAACGAUGGCAAAUGCCACCUAGAGAACAACAUGUAUACUAUGAGUCACCAUUAUGACUACCCAUCCAUAGCCCAUUUGGUGCAAAAACUGAGUGACAAUAACAUCCAAACCAUCUUUGCCGUCACAGAGGAAUUUCAACCUGUUUAUAAAGAAUUGAAAAACCUCAUUCCAAAAUCUGCAGUGGGAACUUUGUCAGCAAACUCCAGCAAUGUAAUCAACCUUAUUAUUGAUGCCUACAAUUCUUUGUCCUCAGAGGUUAUUCUGGAGAACAGUAAGUUGCCUGAAGGAGUGACCAUCGCAUACCAAUCUCGUUGCAAAAACGGGCUGGUCAGUACUGGAGAGGACGGACGGAAAUGCUCCAACAUAUCCAUUGGAGAUGAGGUCUCCUUCAGCAUAAACGUCACUGCUCAGGGCUGCCCCAAACAUAGCAAGUCUGAGAGCAUAAAGAUCAGACCUCUAGGCUUUACGGAAGAAGUGGAGAUCAGACUCGGCUUCAUCUGUGACUGCGAGUGUCAGAAGGAUGGAAUUGUGAGCAAGGACCUCUGCCAUUACGGCAACGGCACCUUCGAGUGUGGAGCCUGCAGGUGCAAGAAGGGUCGCGUCGGCCGCGACUGCGAGUGCCGCAGAGACGAGGUGUCCAGCGAGGACCUGGACCGCAACUGCCGCAAGGACAACAGCACGGACCUGUGCAGCAACAACGGCGAGUGUGUGUGUGGGAAGUGUGAGUGUAAGAAGAGGGACAACCCCGAGGAGUACUACAGCGGCAAGUACUGCGAGUGCGACAACUUCAACUGCGACCGCUCCAACAACAAGCUAUGUGGAGGCCAUGGGCGCUGCGAAUGCAGAGUGUGCGUCUGUGAUGCUAACUACACCGGAAGUGCGUGUGACUGCUCUCUGGACACCUCCACAUGUCUGGCCUCCAACAACCAGAUAUGUAACGGCAGAGGCAUCUGUGAAUGCGGCACCUGCAGAUGUACCGACCCCAAGUUCCAGGGACCCACCUGUGAGAUCUGCCCCACCUGUCCAGGAGUCUGCACUGAACACAAGGCUUGUGUGCAGUGUCGAGCCUUUGGCACAGGAGAGAAGAAGGACACAUGCGAGCGAGACUGUAACUACUUCACCCUAAUCAAGGUGAAGGACCGGGAUAAGCUGCCGCAGCCUGUGCAGACCUUCCCGCUCAUGCACUGCAAGGAGCGAGAUGCCAACGACUGCUGGUUCUACUACACCUACGCCGUCAAUAACAACACUGAGGUCCAUGUCGUGGAGACCUUGGAGUGCCCGGCAGGUCCUGACAUCAUCCCCAUUGUGGCGGGAGUGGUGGCAGGAAUCGUGCUGAUUGGUCUGGCCCUUCUGCUCAUCUGGAAACUACUGAUGAUCAUCCAUGACCGCCGGGAGUUUGCCAAGUUUGAGAAGGAGAAAAUGAACGCCAAAUGGGACACGGGAGAAAACCCGAUCUACAAGAGUGCAGUUACAACUGUGGUCAAUCCCAAGUAUGAAGGCAAAUAAUGAGUGCCCCCACCACUGUGUACUUAACAGUAUUCAUAAUUUGACUUUUAAAUGUUUCACCCAUUUUUUUUUUCAUAUUUUUUUUUUAGAAAUGUGCAUUUUUUAUAUCAUAGCACUGCAUUAGGACACACCACAUUUGUGUCUCCUCUUAUGUGUCUCAUUGUGAAAUGUGUACAGUUUGUACAGACUUUUCAUUUGCAUUUUUCUUGUUCUGAGUACUGUUCAUACGCUUCCCUUCUCCUUACGCAGGACAGACAUAGAUGCUUUGAGUUUUCCCAGUGCUUUGAAGGCAUUUCAUUCAAAGCUUUGAUUCAGUGACACAUACCUUUUGAAGAUAAUCAAACAAGAAAACAUUUCCUAAGAUAAAUGGAUAAAUGUUAUGUAAUAACUGAAAUUUGGGGCAGAGUCCAGGCGUGAAACUCCUCCCACCUAGCUAACUUCCUAGUCUAAAGCAGGAGUUGCCUUGAACUCUGGCCUAAGUUGUCAGUUUUUCUAUAGCUCCACAUUCAUUCCUUAAUCUGUAAGAUUAAUGGAAGUCAUGGUCUGCACCCAUACAUUAGUAAUAAAUUGCUUUGGUCAUGCUGAACCUCUGUACAGGCAGCUCUGUAAAUCCUGAUUAGCCAUUAUGCUGCAUUUUACUGUGUCAGAAUAAGUGUUCCAUCCCGUUAAUGGUCUGACACUCCUGACAAUCAGGGUACUGUUAUUAUUUUUUAAUAUUAUCUUAAUAUUAUGCCAGUGAAUCCAUAGAUACAUGCUUACCAUGUAUCAGGCAAUUUUACAGACUUUCUUAUGAUGUUAUUUUAUCAGAUGUUUGUUAAUUCUGAACAUAGUGAUGUUCGGUUCUGUGCCUAUUUGUAAAUCCUUUAAGGUGGUUUAAUUUAAAAUGGCACCUUUCUGUACCUUUCUGUAUGGUUUAUGUUGAGAAAUUGAUGGAUAAUAGACUCUGGAAUUUCUCCCUGCAGAAAGUCAUCUUUCUAUAAUGGUCAGUAUGGAGUAUGGUUAUUGAUGCCUAUACAAUAAACAAUUCAUAUUUUAGUAGAUAAGCUCAUAACUAGCCAAUUCACUUUGAUAUAGAGAAUGAAUAUAUGCAUACCCAUUUCCUUCUGAUAUAGACCCAUUUUAGCUGGGCCUCAAGAACCACUUGACUUUUCUUUUGUCUGAUUAUCACAUAAUGAUAAAUUGGCCAUCACUGAAACUGAAUAGAAAAUGGAGUACUACGAGAUUGUAACAGCUCACACAUCUGAAGUUCAAUUCAGAAACCUAGGCAUUAAAAUGUAAACUCUGCAUUUGCGUAAGUAAUUGGUUUGAAAUCACUGGUAUAAUUUUUACCAAAAAUCAUACUUGGACUUGUGGAAGACAACUUCAUGGUACAUGGUUGUGUGCUUUUAUUUUUGUUUUAUUUUUUUUGUGGCAAAGUCAGAUUUGCAGGUAGAGAUGUAGAUGUUCAGGUUUAGAAUAUAAAAUUCUUGCGAUUGUGUUGUCCAGUUGAUUCCACUAUUUAAUUCCACCUGGUGGCUUGAUCUCAAAACUAUAAGGUUGGAACAAAAUCCUAAGGAAGACAUUUACUUUCUGAAUCUGUCCACUUCUGUUUAAAGGUAUCAUUCAUUGUAUGCAAAAUGUAAGAUUGAAUAUCCUGCAUUUGUUUUACUGAAGACAAGUAACUGAUAUUUGAGAGACAUCUUGAAAAUAACAGUAUUACACUAUCCAGGAUGCGUCAAAUGCUAGCUUGAGUCUUUAAUUUCAAGUGCCUUUUCAACAUGUUCACUAUUGCCAUGUUGUUUUGAAUUUAUUUAUUAAAAUAAAACAUUAAAUGAUUGAAA